AUGUCUCUGGACAUCCCCGCUCAGUUGAAGGAAUCAGUUGAAAAUUCAAAAUGCGAAUAUCGACGGCUCGGUAACAGUGGCCUGAGGGUGUCCGUCCCCAUCUUUGGUUGUAUGAGCUUUGGCGACCCAAAAUCUAUGCCCUGGACAAUCUCUGAAGAACAGGCACUUCCGCUUCUCAAAGCUGCUUACGAUAGGGGCCUCAAUACCUGGGACACGGCUAAUGUCUACUGUAACGGUGCUUCCGAGGUGAUUGUAGGCAAAGCCCUCAAACAAUUCCUUAUCCCACGAGAGAAAGUUGUCAUUAUGACAAAGUGCUUCUGGGGUGUUGGUGAAGAACCGGAGGCUAUCCACUGGUACCUGCGUGAGUCAUUCGAAAGAUCCAAGGACUAUCAAAACCAGUUUGGACUAUCUCGUACCGCGAUUUUCAAUCAAGUUGAGGCAUCUCUCAAGAGGCUGGGUACAGACUAUAUCGACUUACUGCAAAUCCACCGCUUCGACUCGACAACUCCAAUCGAAGAAACGAUGAAGGCCCUACAUGAUCUUGUCCAGUCAGGAAAAGUCCGCUAUAUUGGUGCAAGCAGCAUGUGGGCAACCCAGUUCGCUCGCAUGCAAUUCUGUGCUGAAGCCAAUGGCUGGACUAAGUUUAUCAGUAUGCAAAAUCAGUACAAUCUCUUAUAUCGCGAAGAAGAGCGUGAGAUGAUACGUUUUUGCAACGACACUGGUGUUGGUCUGAUACCCUGGGCCCCACUUGCUCAAGGCAACUUGGCUAGACCACCAUCGGAAAUUGGCACCACCGUCAGAAGUAAAUUACAGGCUGAGAGUACCUCGGAGCCACUUUUGUCAAAGGCUGAUAUUGCUAUCAUACAUCGAGUUAUCGAGGUUGCAGAAAAGCACGCUUGGCCGAUGGCUCAUGUCGCGCUUGCAUGGAUAAACAAGCGCAUUAGUAGCCCAAUUAUUGGUUUCAACAGCGUCCUGAGACUGGAACAAGCAAUUGCGGCGCGAGGAAAGUUGUUGUCUGAUGAGGAGGAAAGGUAUAUCGAGCAGCCUUAUCAGCCAAAGGCUCCGAUAGUUCCAGAGUCGCUAUAAAUCCGUCCCCUGCGCUUUACAGGCAGAGCAGCUGGGGGAGGAUAGACAAAAGGGAAGUCGCGGAAUACAAGGAAGAAGGAUGAUUUCGCAGGAUG